UCCCCUCCCGCCGCCGCCGCCGCCGCCGCCGUCCUCGUCGCCGUCCUCGUCCUCCCGGCGUCGCCGGCGCGAAUUCACCCCCGAGGAGAAGAAGGACGCUCAGUACUGGGAGAAGCGGCGGCGGAACAACGAGGCGGCCAAGAGGUCGCGGGAGAAGCGGCGGCUCAACGACCUGGUCCUGGAGAGCCGGCUGGUGGCCCUGGGCCGGGAGAACGCCGCCCUCCGGGCCGAGCUCCUCGCACUCAAGGCCCGCUUCGGCCUCCUCCCGCCGCCCCCCGUCAAGCUGGAGCCCCCCGAGGCCGGGUCGCCCCGGGGGUCGGAGGCCGACGAGGCCGGGGGCGGGAAGACCCCCUCGGACGGCGAGGACGAACAGCGGGUCCCCAAGGGGCCCGGGCCCGCCGCCCCCGCCGCCCUGCCCCACAAGCUGCGCCUCAAGGUCCGGGGCGCCGCCCCCCUGAAGCGGGAGGGAUCCGAGGCCGACCUCCCGCCCCCCUUCGCCCUCCAGGUCACCCGCCUCCAGGCCUGGGGGCUCUGGCCCCCUCCGGCCCCCGACGGGGGCGGCCUCUCGGACCGCGGGGCGGCCCUCCGGGGCCUGGGCGGGGGCCGGGCCGUGGCCGCCUCGGACUCGGGGUGACCCGCGGGGCGGGCGGGGGGCGGGACCCCCUCCCCGCGGCCCGCUCCGCGCGGGGCCCCGUCCGGAGCGCCGGGAACGGACGGCCCGGGGGUCCGGCGGGCGGAUUAAACGACCUGUCAGUCGGA